GUCUGUUAUCUUCAUCAGCUCGGACUAACAACGUCUAAAGUUGGUUGUUGAAACUGUCAGGCAUAAUAAGUUGCAGGUAGUAGCAUCGGAGAACAAGAAGAGGAUGAAGCCGUUGGAUUCCAUGGUUUAGGCCUAUAUCCCCAUGGGACCUCAGGUUAAGGAAAACUCAAACUGGUCCUCGAGUGCGGCAUGAACAAAGGCAUACCGAUGAUACUGGUACCACCACUACUGUCGCCGCCACUGCCGCUGGGUGGUAAUAGAUCGAGCUCCACCAAUCUAACUGUUGGAGUGGUUGGUUCCAUCUGAAUAUGCUUAAACUCGGUUCUUCCCGUCACAUAAUCACCGAUUGUAGGACGCAUAAGGUGGUGGUUAAGGGGAAAAAGGCAAAUCCGUUGAAGGUGUUGGAUAGAGUUCAGAAAAAGAUUCAUAGGCAGGUGGAGCUGCUUACUCCGAUCCCGAAACCUCCAGCCGAAGAACCUAAGAAGGAUGAAGAGAACAAAGAAAACGUUAAACCAGAGGAGAUGAAAGAAGAGCCGCAAGUGAUUAUAGUAGUUUUGAAGGUCCGCAUGCAUUGCGAAGCCUGCGCUCAGGAAAUCCGAAAACGUAUACAGAGAACGAAAGGUAUAUUGUUUCUCCAAUUUUCGCUUCCAUAUGGCCUCUACAUUCUGGGACCUUCUUUCCAUCAUUUUGCUGUUUUCUUCAAUUCUAUUUUGAAUUGCAAUGCGAUUCCUUGGAGCUGGAGCCAGCUUCGUUGAGGCUACUGGAGUCAU